AUGGCUGGCGUGGAUACUGACGAGGCCACCGACAGCGAGGACGACGGCGACGAUGCCAUCGGCGUAUACCUGCGCAUCGGCAUCAAGACCCUCAAUUUUUCCAAUUUCCCCACACCUGGCGAUGAAAGCUCAGAUGAGCUCUCAGAAUCGGAGGAAGACGAGCGGGCGCACUGGGCCACUCAGUCGUCGGGCGAGAUCCCAGUUGUGGUGCCUUCGCGUACCAAGGACAAGCAGCGGGUGAGCGACAGCGACAGCGAGGAGGAUUUGACGUCGAGCGAUCUGUCCGACACAGAGGAGGAUUCCCAAGAAGAGGAGGAACAGCUGCGGCAAAACGAAGCCAAACGACUGGCGACGAAGCUGCAGGAGGGCGCCAACUUCUUGCUCGUUACCCGCAAGCACGGCGUGCGGCCCAGCCAUGUGCGUCUCAGCGGCGAUCAACGCACCAUCAUCUGCCGGCGACACACCAUUUUGCUCGACAGCGUGGAUGAGCUGAGGGAGGGCCAGGCGACGGCUGAAUUCGAGAUUCACAGACAACCGGACAAGACGCACCUGUCGUUCUCGCUGAUCUACAACAUGCGCAAGGCGUUCAACCUGAUCGCGGAGAACGAAGAACAGUACAAGACGUGGGUGAAUACCCUCAAGUGUCUCAUCAAGAAGCAGGUGGACGAGGAAUCUGCAUAUGCGGAGCGGGCGUGGCACGCCUUGGGCGGUAAGUCUGAGCUGUCGGUGGAGGAGAUAUUGAGGCUAAUGCGGAAGCUGAACAUGCGGCCGACCAAGGCGUAUGCCGAAGAGAUGCUGCGCAUCGUUGACGCCAACAGCGAUGGCCAUCUACAGUAUGAGGAAUUCUUGCAGCUGCUGCGAUUGUUGCGACAGAGGGCAGAGCUGCACGAACUGUUCGACAAAUAUGCGACCGACGACGACGUGCUGACGCCCAAGCAGUUCCUCAAGUUCCUACAGCGCGAGCAGAAGGAGGACAUGUCGCUCAAGCAGUGCACCAUAAUCAUGAAAAAGUUCAUGGGCGAGUGUAAGGACAUCGAUAUUACCCUCAACACCCUGUUGCCUUCGGCCGCGGCCUUUGGCUCGGCCAAGAGACGCCAACGGUUCUUGCGACUGCUGCGUCAGAUCUUCCUCCACUUCCCUUCCUUCGUGAAGCACACAGCCAAGCUGGCGAAGGAGAAGGCGGACCGACACCGCAUCAAGAAGCGCGAACCGGCCUACCUGGACGAAGCGCACGCCCAAGAGACCGGCAGCGGAGGGAGCAGCUCGAGCGCCCCGGACGGCGCUGCUGCGGAGCCUGCAGAGUCCGCGGAGCCCAGCCCGGCAGACGACGACCACAGGGGACGCAGCACAAGGCCAGACCCCCCGGUUGGGACUGCGAUGAAGCGACAGGGCAGCAUCGUCGACUUCUGGAACGACUGGGCCGAGGCAAAGGAGCGGAAGGACCGACGCGAGCAGCAAGAGAAAGCCGAGACCGACAAGAAGGACAAGGAUGAAAUUGUCAAGGUCACCAUGAAUAGGUGGCAGUUCUUCCAGUACAUGAUCUCCGAUCACAACUCGGUCUUCAUCCCCGAGAAGCGAAAGCUCUACCAGGACAUGAAGCGACCGAUCACCGACUACUUUAUUGCGUCCUCGCACAAUACCUACCUGACCGGCAACCAACUCAAAUCCAAGUCGGCCACGGAGAUGUACGUGCUGGCGCUCAAACAGGGAUGCCGCUGUCUAGAGCUGGACUGCUGGGACGGCAAGCGCGGUUACCCGAUCGUUUACCACGGGCACACGCUCACUUCGCGAGUGCGAUUCGAGGAUGCUGUGAUUGCCAUCGCCAAAUACGCCUUCUUUUCGUCGCCGUACCCGCUCAUCUUGUCCCUUGAAGUCCACUGCUCCAAGCCGCAACAGAUCAUGAUGGCCGAGAUGAUGAGGCUCACCUUCCGCGACAGGAAAGCGUUUGGGGACAUGCUGGCCUUGCCGUUCGUCGAUGGCGAGCGGGAUUCUCUGCCCUCGCCCGAGGACCUCAAGUAUAAGAUUUUGCUCAAGGGUUCCCCGGUCAGACUGCAGGCGGAUGAGACAGAGCAAGAAGAGGGGCAGGACAGGAAGUCGGUCAGAAAGGCGCCCAAGGAGAAGGUCGCGCAGGAGCUGAGCGACGUGCUCUACCUCAAGUCGGUUCACUUCGACAGCUUCCAGCAAUUCAAAGAGGAGAAGUGCAACCGUAUGACCUCGCUCGCCGAAGUCCGCGGCUUCAAGCUGUUGACUUCUGCCGCGCCGGAGCUCGUCAACCUCAACCGCCAUAAGUUCACUCGUAUCUAUCCCAAGGGUACCCGUUUCGCCUCGACCAACUACGACCCGGUGCCGUUCUGGAACGCAGGGUCUCAACUCGUAGCGCUCAACUACCAGCAUGUGGGCAAGAAGAUGUUCUACAACCAUGGGAAGUUCCUCGAGAACGGCCAGUGCGGUUAUGUGCUCAAGCCGCCAGUGCUCAGGUCUGAUAACAGGCGGCGAUUCGACCCGAGGCAAUCCACGCACCUCUCGACCUCGACUGUUCGUCGGUUGACAGUACAGAUAAUCAAUGCUCGCCAGCUGCCUCACGUGGCCAAGGUUGUCAACCCUUACGCGAUUGUUGCGGUGAACGGAGUUGAGAAGGACGCGCGUGCCUUCAGGACGAAGGUGGUGAGGAACAACGGCUUCGACCCGCAGUGGAACCAAACGUUUGACUUCCCCCUGACGGCCAGCGAACUCGGCAUUUUCCUCAUCGCCAUCUACGACAAGCGAGAGCGCUUCGCCAAGGAUCGUCUGAUCUGCUACUACUCCAUCCCCGUGGAGUGCAUACGCGCGGGCUAUCGAGUGAUGCAUCUGUUCGAUAAGAAGGGCAAGCGCAUUCCGAUGUCGAACCUCCUCUGUCGCUUCAGCCUCAAGCAGUCGAUACUGGGACCCAACCUGGACCGCAUGAACGCCAACAUGAACAAGCUGCAGUCGACUCUGACCCUUCCCCGGCUGCCUUCCCUCGCCUGGACCCACAAGAAGUGA